AUGGAACCAGAAGAUGCCCGAAAGCAGCUCGCCAAAUAUUGCGUCUUGCUUGAAGCUCUCCGGAUCCUCAUGGACGACGAUUACAACCAGACUGUUCAGAACCGGCGCAUUCCUCCAGGACCGCUGGGGCUACCGCGGCCCACCCCGGACAAGAGGAACGGCAUCCCCGAGACCUUCAAGGAGUUUCUCAACGCACUAGCAGAGGUUUGUAGCUUUCGAAUCGGACCUGAUAUGGUUACUGCCAUCAUUGUAGAGGAGAGACCGUCAGCAGAGUAUGUGUUCCAUGUCACACGUAACAGUUCAGCUUCGGGAGAUGAUGAAAGUGCAGACAGAGAUGGGCUCUUAGGCUUUUUGAAGCAAAUUCUGGAACAGAUACGCGGCAUUCAGGAGACAGAUGAGCGUGUGUUUCUGCAAUCCGAAGCAUACAAGCAACUGUUGUGUACCGUCAUUGGAGACAAUAUCGUCAAGAUCAAGUAUUACCGGAAGAAGCUGGGUAAGGCCGUGAAGGAGUUCAUGGAAAGGUUCAAGGACUUCAUACUGGACAAAGACCUCAACGAGACACUCGAAAACAUUCUCAUCGGUAUCGAGGCUUCAAAGACAAAGUCAGGCACUGAUCGUCAAGAGUACCGCGACCUUAUUCUGAACUGCGGAGUUCUCAUUAGGCACGAGAAUACGCUCUUCAAAUAUUUGCGCGAUGCAAAUGUUGAGAUACCCGACUGCUGGGGUGCCAUUUUUCACUACGCAGAAAGACUUCAGUCCUAUCGUACCAGUGUCCGGGCCUUCUUCCAAGCCAGGAACGAGUACGAUGAAUUGUUUGCUAACCCUGUGAUUAACUUCGUCCCACCCGAAACUGCAAGGCAAGUACCAGUCGACUGGACUCUCCAAGAUCUCACCAACUACUUCAACAGUGGCGAAUACCGCAAGGAUCUCUGGAGCUCAGAAGACAUUAGGAAAGUGCACGCUGAGAUUCAAAGGCUCUUGAGCGAGUCGCGUGAGGGGAACGAACUCGGAUUCCACCGCAUCGUCCAUGCGGAGGUCGCCCUAACACAUUGGUUCUACAGCGAGCGGCCCGGGAGCGGUAUUUUCUCUGAGACCUCAAACACCAGCAAAUCCUUCGGCGACUACCACUAUGUUGCGACGAGCAAGCCAUGCUGCCUCAUGUGCAAGCAAUUCUGUGAUUUGUGGACUCUUCCAGACUUUCAAGAUUGUCAUACGAAGGAGGCCGAAGAGGAGCUACUGGGGAUAUACAUAUCAAUGGCUCAUAAGUUCGAGGAAAAUUGCUCUCUCAUCCUGGCCAAAUGUAAGCCCGAGUUCGCCAGAAGUUCGUUUGACGAAGAGGAGCAUUUCGACUACGACGAUUUCCGUAGGCGCACAUCUCUCGAGGAUUGA